AUGCGUCGAUUUGUGUCCACCGUGCUGCUUUUUCUCCUUUGGCUCGCCGGUGGCCCCUGCGCCCUCGCGGAGCACCGCUGCAGCUUUGACAGAGUCGCCUUGAAUUUGUCCCAGCU